ACCAUCUUUCCUAGGAACCUUCAAGAAGCACAGAAAAUUAUCAGAUGAAAAUCAAUUGAGUUUGCUUUGGGGGAAAGCCAAAAACGUUUAGCGAAUCCACACUGUUUUACCUUCAGAACUUCUGUGGGUCGCUGGAUCAGAAGGCAACCAUUAUCACACUGGAGAGUCAUACUUUAAGGAACACAAAUGCAAAACACAACCAUGUUUCCUGACAUCAGAUGAUGAAUGGACACUGAGGGGAAAACAGGCUUUUUUUUUUCCCACUGGCAAGGAAGAGCUGAACUUGGAGUACACAUUUAAAGGAAGCACACAGGGAAGACUUAAACAUACUUUCAUGGUUUUCACAAACAAAUCCAGGAGAAGCGAUCAUGGAGACCAAGACCAAGGAGAACAGGUGGGUCCGGGUGACCGUGCUCUCCGGCUGCGUGGGCUGCAGGACCGUGGCGGCGCCGGCGUCCUGGACCGCGCGCGACGUGAAGGAGCGCAUCUGCGCCGAGACCGGCUUCCCGGUGCCGGAGCAGCGGCUGUGGCACGGCGGCCGCGAGUUAUCUGACUGGAUCAAGAUUGGAGAUCUGACUUCUAAAAAUUGUCAUCUUUUUGUAAACCUUCAAUCAAAAGGCUUAAAAGGGGGAGGUCGAUUUGGUCAGACAACUCCACCACUUGUUGAUUUUCUCAAGGACAUUUUGAGAAGAUACCCAGAAGGAGGACAGAUUCUUAAGGAAUUAAUUCAGAAUGCAGAAGAUGCUGGGGCCACAGAAGUUAAAUUUUUAUAUGAUGAAACUCAAUAUGGAACAGAGACUCUUUGGUCAAAAGAUAUGGCACCAUAUCAGGGGCCAGCUCUGUAUGUAUACAACAACGCGGUUUUCACCCCAGAGGACUGGCAUGGCAUUCAAGAAAUAGCAAGAAGCAGGAAAAAGGAUGACCCUCUGAAGGUUGGAAGAUUUGGAAUUGGGUUUAAUUCUGUCUAUCAUAUCACAGAUGUUCCUUGUAUCUUUAGUGGUGACCAGAUUGGGAUGCUAGAUCCUCAUCAAACACUUUUUGGCCCACAUGAAUCAGGCCAGUGUUGGAAUCUCAAAGAUGACAGCAAAGAAAUUAGUGAACUUUCAGACCAAUUUGCACCAUUUAUUGGCAUUUUUGGAAGCACCAAGGAAACGUUUAUGAAUGGCAAUUUUCCAGGAACAUUUUUCCGUUUCCCUCUUCGCCUACAACCUUCACAGCUUAGUAGUAACCUCUACAAUAAGCAGAAGGUUCUUGAGUUGUUUGAGUCUUUUAGGGCAGAUGCUGACACAGUGCUGCUCUUUCUGAAAAGUGUACAGGAUGUCUCCUUGUAUGUCCGAGAGACUGAUGGAACAGAGAAACUAGUGUUUAGAGUGACUUCAAGUGAGAGUAAGGCACUGAAACAUGAGCGGCCGAAUUCUAUAAAGAUUCUAGGCACUGCUAUAAGUAACUAUUGUAAAAAGACUCCAAACGAUAACAUCACCUGUGUAACAUAUCAUGUAAAUAUCAUUUUGGAAGAGGAGAGUACUAAGGAUGCACAGAAAACAUCUUGGUUGGUGUGCAACAGUGUGGGUGGGCGAGGGAUUAGUAGUAAGCUUGACUCUUUAGCUGAUGAACUGAAGUUUGUCCCAAUCAUUGGAAUAGCCAUGCCUUUAUCAAGCAGAGAUGAUGAAGCAAAAGGAGCAACGUCUGCUUUCUCAGGAAAAGCAUUUUGUUUUCUUCCUUUACCUCCUGGUGAGGAAAGCAGAACGGGCCUCCCAGUUCACAUCAGUGGGUUCUUUGGCCUGACUGACAACCGCAGGAGCAUAAAAUGGAAAGAGCUGGACCAGUGGAGAGACCCAGCAGCCUUAUGGAAUGAGUUUCUUGUCAUGAAUGUUGUCCCCAAAGCUUAUGCUACUCUGAUCUUAGAUUCAAUAAAACGUCUGGAGACAGAAAAGAGCUCUGAUUUCCCUUUGUCAGUUGAUGUUAUCUAUAAGCUUUGGCCUGAGGCGAGCAAAGUCAAGGUGCACUGGCAACCGGUGUUACAGCCUCUGUUCAGCGAGCUGUUGCAGAAUGCAGUGAUUUAUUCAAUUAGCCACGAUUGGGUCAGCUUGGAGCAGGUAUACUUCUCAGAACUUGAUGAAAAUUUGGAAUACACAAAAACUGUGCUCAACUACCUCCAGAGCUCAGGGAAGCAGAUUGCCAAGGUACCAGGGAAUGUGGAUGCUGCUGUUCAGCUCGUGGCUGCCUCUGGCGCAACACCUUUGAGGAAGGUGACGCCUGCAUGGGUGCGGCAGGUGCUGCGGAAGUGUGCGCACCUGGGCAGUGCUGAAGAGAAGCUUCACCUUCUAGAAUUUGUGCUUUCCGACCAAGCUUACAGUGAGCUGCUUGGGUUGGAGCUGCUCCCUUUGCAAAAUGGCAGUUUCGUCCCCUUCUCCUCGUCUGUAUCAGACCAAGAUGUCAUUUAUAUUACCUCAGCGGAAUAUCCAAGGUCCCUUUUCCCAAGUCUUGAAGGAAGAUUUAUUUUGGAUAACCUGAAACCUCACCUUCUAGCUGCUUUAAAGGAAGCUGCCCAAACCCGAGCACAACAACUUCUCUGGGGAUAUUCAGGAAGACCAUGUACUCAGCUGCAGCUUCUAAAUCCAGAACGAUUUGCACGUCUUAUCAAAGAAGUAAUGAAUACAUUCUGGCCUGGCAGAGAGUUGAUCGUUCAAUGGCUUCCUGUUUCAUGAAGAUAGCAGUGGAAAACUCAAAAUGGUGGCAGUUCUUAUUACCAGAUGUUAGUAUUGUUUCUGGAAACUGCUUGCCAGGACAACAUUUAUUAACUGUUAGAACACUUGCUUUAUGUUUGUGUGUACAUAUUUUCCACAAAUGUCAUAAUUUAUAUAGUAUGGUUGAACAGGAUGCAAUCUUUUGUUGUCUAAAGGUGCUGCAGUUAAAAAAAAAACUUCUUUCAAUAUGGCACUUAGCGGAGUUUUUUUUUUUUUUCACUUUAAAAACAUUAAAAAUCAUCGAGUUUAUAAUUAUCAGCUUAUAUUUCCCCAUGAAUGAUUAGAACUGACAUUUAAUUCAUGUUUGUCUCACCAUACUUGUUUACUUUAACAUAUUUCUUUUGCAGAAUGUAAAAGAAAGGUAAUGAAAAUUAGUUUAUUGAGUGUACUGGCUGUAAAUGAUGCUAAAUAUAUUUUAUGCAAUUAAGGGCUUACAGAAAAUGUUAAAACAUUUUUUACUUUUAUUGGUAAUAGGAAUGUUUGCACCUCCAAAUUAUAUUGCUUCUGGAUGUGAAAUCAUGUAAUUAUUUCUGCUGUUACAUUAAGUGCCAUACUUUUAUUUUAAUAAAGCAAAAUGUACAUAUGAAA